GCUCGGUCCAGGCGGCCAAGCGCGGCCUUUACGGGCGUCAUGCGCUGCCUGAUCCUGCUGCUGCUGUUGCCGCUGCCUCCGGGGGUGGCCGGGACCUUAGCAGAUGAAGAUCUUGUCAGUUUGCCUGGUGGAAGUUUUCACAUGGGCACGAAUGAGGCCGAUGCCAGGGAUGGAGAAGAUCCUGUCAGAGAAGUAACCGUGAAGCCGUUUGCCAUAAGUCAGCAUCCAGUCACUAAUGCAGAAUUUAGAGAAUUUAUCAGAUCACAGAAGUACAAAACAGAAGCAGAGACAUUUGGCUGGAGUUUUGUAUUUGAAGACUUUGUUUCAGAAGAACUGAAAAGCAAAGUAACACAAACAAUCGAGGCUGCUCCUUGGUGGCUACCUAUUGAAAGAGCAUUUUGGCGACAGCCAGCAGGCCCUGGCUCUGGAAUUAAAGAUAAGCUGGAGUACCCAGUGGUGCAGGUGAGCUGGACCGACGCCGCAGUGUAUUGCCAGUGGAAGGGGAUGCGGUUACCCACAGAAGAGGAGUGGGAGUUUGCUGCUCGGGGAGGUCUGGAAGGUAGAAUAUAUCCAUGGGGAAACAAGUUUCAGCCUAAUCGCACAAAUCUUUGGCAGGGAAAAUUUCCAGAUCAGGACACAGCAGAAGAUGGUUAUCACGGUGCAUCUCCAGUAAAUGCCUUUCCACCACAGAAUCCCUAUGGCCUGUAUGACAUGCUGGGAAAUGUAUGGGAAUGGACUGACUCUGAGUACAUCCGAAAAGGCCGAUCGGUAAAGGUUGGAUCUCAGAAGAUGUAUGUGCUGCGUGGGUCCUCGUGGAUCGACACUGUCGAUGGAUUGGUUAAUCAUAAAGCACGGGUCACUAGCAGAAUGGGAAAUACUGCGGACUCAGCUUCCGAUAAUCUCGGAUUUCGAUGUGCUAAAAGUCUGGCUCCAUCUCAUCACAAACAAAAAGAGAAAAAUAAAACUGAACUCUAACAGAAUUGGAGAAGUUCAAAAGUAAUGUGUAUUUUUGUAUAUUCACCAACCAAGACUGAAAAUGAAUUAUGCAGAUGUGAAAUGUGAUCAAAUUUGGAUAUUUAAAAAAAAAUAAUGGAAAGAGAAAUUAAAUUUUACUUUGCAAAAUAUGGAAAAAUUGUUUUAUUUCAGGAGAUGUUGUAUUCGUUUUUGGUGCUAAACUGAAUUCGCUGUUCUCGUGGACACAUAAUAAACUAUCCUGUGAACAGCUCACAUUACAUACCAUCACAGUGUUGUACAGCACAGAAACAGACUCUUGUGACUAACUUCAUACUAACCGUGAUGCCUAUUUAUUCGCCUGCAUUAAGGCUGUAUCCCUCUAACCCUUUCCUAUCCAAGUACCUGUCCAAAUACCUUCUUAAACUUUGAGAAUGGGCUUGCCUCUACAUCUCUGGCACCAUGUUCCAAGCAUUCAUCACACUGUAUUGAAAAACCUCAGAUCUCUUUUAAACUUCUCCCCUUUAACCUUAAACCUGUACCCUCUAAUUGUAGAUUAUCCCUUCUGUGCCCCUCAUGAUUUUAUAAACCUCCAUAAGGUCACCCCUCACCUGCUACAUUACAGUGAGAAUAACCCCCAGACUCUCAUUACAGUGAGAUUAGCCAGACUGUCCAAUCUCUCCCUGUAACUACAGCCCUGUAUUCCAGGCAACCUCCUGGUGAAUCUCUCCUGCAUUUUCUCGGUAGCUGCUACAUCCCUCCUGCAGUGCAGUGACAGAAACUUUACACAAUACUCCAAAUGCAGCCUAACCAAUGUUUAACGCAGAUUCAACAUGAUGUCGCAACACCUACUCAGCAUUACAGUCAAUGAAGGCAAGCAUACCAAAUGCCUUUUUUACUACCCUGUCCACCUGUGUCACCAUUUUCAGGAAGCAUCCCAAAUACUCUCAAUGUUUCUAAAAUCCGUGCCAUUUACAACACGUGUUCUACCAGAGUUUAAAACCCAGAAGAGCACCACCUUGCAUUUGUCUGAAUUAGACUACAUCUGCCACUGCUCCGCUCAUUUUACAGCUGAUCUGUGUACCCUUGCACAAUCAUCUUCACUAUCUACAAGUCCAACAAUUUUCAGGUUGGCUGCAAAUUUACUAAUCCUCUCAUAUUAUAAGCAACAAAGAGCCCAGCACUGAUCCCUAUAGUGAUAUAAACCGUAAAAGCAUAGGAGCAGAAUUGGGCCAUCUGGUAUUUCGAGUCUGCUCAGUCAUUCAAUCAUGGCUGAUCCUUUUUUUUUCUCCUCAGCCCCAGUUCCCAGCCUUCUCCCCGUACCCUUUGAUGCCAUGUCCAAUCAAGAACCUAUCAAUCUCUGCUUAAAUACACCCAACAAUCUGGCUUCCACAGCUGCCUUUGGCAAUAAAUUCCACAAAUUCACCAUCCUUUGGCUACGGAAAUUUCUCUGUAUCUCUGUUUUAAAUGGGCGCUUCUCUAUCCUGAGGCUGUGCCCUCUUGUCCUAGACUCCCCCACCAUGAGAAACAUCCUUUCCACAUCUACUCGGUCUAGGCCUUUCAACGUUUGAAAGAUUUCAAUGAGGUCCCCCCUCAUCCUUCUGGAUUCCAGUGAGUACAGACCAGAGCUAUCAAACAUUCCUUGUAUGAUAACCCUUUCAUUCUUGUAAUGAUCCUUGUGAACCUCCUCUGGACCCUCUCCAAUGCCAGCACAUCUUUUCUAAGACUGGGGGCUUGAAACUGUUCACAAUACUCAAGGUGAGGCUUCACCAGUGCCUUAUAAAGCCUCAGCAUCACAUCCUUGCUGUUGUAUGCUGGACCUCUUGAAAUGAAUGCUAACAUGGCAUUUGCCUUCCUUACCACUGACUCAGCCUGCAAGUUAACCUUCGGGGUGUUCUGCACAAGGACUCCCAAGUCCCUCUGCAGGAUUCUUGGGUUUUCUCCCCAUUUAGAAGAUAGUCCGCACAUUUAUUUCUACUACCAAAGUGUAUGACCAAACGCCUUUUUGGUCCUUUCGGGCCCUAUGGAGCCCGAGAGUGAUAUAGAGCCCAGCACUGAUAGCUAUAGUGAACCACUUGUUACGGAUUUUCAGUCAGAAAAAUGGCCAGAUGGCAACUCUUGGACACCACCUCAUACAUACCCCUGGACAAUGCCCCUUUGGCCCUUGGAUGUUAUGCAAACUAAUUAAACUAGUGAGAUCUAACUAAACUAAUCUCUUCCACCUACAUAUAGUGCAUAUGCCUCUAUCGUUGCAGCUGGCACCACAUUCUAGGCACCCACCACUCUCUGAGUAAAACAAAACUUGCCCUGCAUACCUCCUUUGAAUUUACACCUGUAACCCUCUCACCGUAGGCUUGUAACGAGUUAGCUAUCACUGUGAAUACAAACUAACAGCAGCAUUACUCUACAAUGCAUGAGGAACAACAAUGAAAGGCCAUUUCCAGUAAAUAAUCGGGUCUAGGAUAGAUAUUAUUUGGGUAAACACAAGAAAUCAUAGAAGUUUGAGUGUUUCUUCCAAGGGAAAAUAAGACAACUACUUGUAUGAAUCCUGACAUCCCUGUGCAAAUUUACUGUUUUCCAGAAAGCAAUAAUUUAGCUCACAUCAGUAUAAAUAGAUUGAAAUUGUAUUGACAAAAUAUUUUAAAUAAAUAAAAUA